UUCUAAAUUAUAGUAACUCCUUAAUAUAUGAGCUUCUCCUAAACUCGAGAUUACGUUCUUUUCUCCUUCAUAUUUAAAGGUGCAUUGGGGACCUGAGAGGCUGUGGUUUACCCUACGACGGAUGUCAGUGGUUUGAGUCCGCUUAUCUCCAGCUCGUGAACUUAGCCGAUAGAAGAAAAUCAAAAUGUUGGACUCAUGGAAGAGAAACAAGUUUUGCUCCAAAUGCAAGUCUACAAUCAAGCAGAUGAAAACUCGAAUUGAGAUGGUGAGGAAGAAGAGAAAUGCAAUGCAGAAAUACUUGAAGAAUGAUAUGGCUGACCUUCUUAAAUCUGGAUUGGAUGUCAAUGCCUACGACAGGACUGAAGGCCUUCUAGUUGAGCUGAAUCUUUUGAGCUGUUACGAUUUCUUGGAGCAAUAUUGUGACCAUAUUUUUUGUCACCUUGAAACCAUGAUUCAACAGAGGGAAUGCCCCGAGAAUUGCAGGGAAGCUGUGGCAUGUAUGAUGUUUGCAGCAGCAAGACUAGCUGACCUGCCUGAAUUACGUCAACUCAGAACGAUAUUUUCUGAGAGAUAUGGAAAUUCUCUUGAAUUUUAUGUUAGUAAACAGUUUGCUGAAAAAUUAAAGGCAGUACCACAUAAAAAGGAUAUGAAGCUACAGUUGAUGCAAGAUAUAGCAACAGAAUCUGGUGUAGAAUGGAAUUCAAAAGCCUUACAACAGAAGCUAUAUGAACAAGUGCACAUGUCUGAAUCAGGUCAAAAUAAAGAAUCUGAAGCUGCUACAUUCAAUCAUGAGAAUGCAAGGCAUCAUCAUACCAAAUCAAGAGUGAGCACAACAGAAAGCAGUUCUGAUUCUGGUCUUGAUUCUGCUCAUGUGGCCAAAGUAGAAUAUGAUGGCGACGACAAUGCAGCUGCAAAGGCUAAUCCAAAACCAAAAUCGGUUAGAAGGAAACAUGUGGAGCCACAGUCUGGUGAUAAAGAUUCAGGAGAAGAAAACCAUGGCCUAAAAUUUGCAAAUGAUGAAGUCUCGAGGCAGAGAACCCGAGAUGGUCCUUCAGGCAGAACAGCAUCCCUUCCAGUUGAAUUGGAACAAAUAAGUCCAGCUGAGCUAAUGAAAGGGCACACUCGAGCAAAUUCUUGUGAGCCUGAUAUGUUUGGUCCAAACUACGAUGAGGUUGUUGCUCGCCUGGCGGAUCUCAGUGGUAAAUCAAAAGAAUGACUUUUUAGUUAGGACAUGCUGGAUUACCAUUCCAUUCCUCAGCCAAUCUUGUUAAUUUUUUGUAUACACGUUAAGAUUUGAUACAGUACUAGUGUAUAUUACUCCUUAACAGUUAUUAAAUCAUUUCAUUGUAAAUAGGCUCAUUUGAUAAAGCCUCUAUGUUGAGUAGUAUUUGACUCUCUAUUCAUGAGUCCUAAUCUUAGUCCAUCA